AUGAAGAUCCUUUACAUGGGCGUUUUCCGGAACGAUACCACUCCGGCUCUUCAGCUAUGCGGGGAAAAGGACCUCAGCAGCUUUUCGCGCUUUACUCGUCAGAACUACGAUGAAUUCUUGAUGCUCUUCAACCGAACUGUCGCAGAGAAGACAAAGGCCGGACAACGACAGGAUAUUGAGGAGAAGGCCUACACAUUCCACGCCUACGGUCGCACAGAGGGUGUUGCCGGUAUCAUCGUCACCGAUGGUGACUAUCCUGCCUUGGUCGCCCACCAACUUCUUGGCAAGAUUGUGGAUGAAUUCCUUGCCAAACACCCUCGGACCUCGUUCUCGGAUCCUGCUCUCCGCGAGAAUGCUUGCCCUCUGCCGGCUCUUAAGGAAUACAUCAUCAAGUACCAGGAUCCCACCCAGGCAGACAGCAUCAUGAAGAUCCAGCAGGAGCUUGAUGAGACCAAAAUUGUCCUCCACAAGACGAUCGAGAGUGUUCUGGAGCGCGGCGAAAAGAUUGAUUCGUUGGUUGCCAAGAGUGAUGGACUUUCAGCCCAGAGCAAAAUGUUCUAUACCCAGGCCAAGAAACAGAACUCAUGCUGCGUUUUGAUGUAA